GAGUUGCAGACUCCCCCGGCCACACUCACGCCCGUGGCCCUCGCGGCCGCAGCCACGGCUGCGCAGCUGGAGCGGCGGUUGCGGGAGGCACGUGUCGUCUCUGGGUCCAACACCCUCGCGUCGCGGACGGCGUCGAUCCGCAGGCGCCCGCAUACAGCUGGACGGGAUCGGUUUACGAGGCAGGAGACACGCAGCUGCAACGAACGCCCCCAACGGUCAAGCAGAGACGACUGCGACUCAUUUGCUCUGAGACCUGGCCGAACGAAGUGA